GCCACGCCUCAGAGCACCCCAAACCAGUCAUCAUGAAGGUCCCUGUCCUUUCCAUCAUCAUUCUGCUCUCUCUCCUGGCUGUCCAAGCUGCCCAGGGGGCUGCCCUAGGAGACUCUCAGGGAGGGACCACUGCGGCUAAUUAUGCAGAGAGAUCUGAGAACUCGGAUACCCAGUUCCUGAAUGUGGACAGAUGGCGUUCUGCCUUCCAGUCCAGGGAGUUUCUAAACUGGCAUGCCCUCUUUGAGGCUAUUAAAGAAAAACUCCCUUUCCUCAACUGGGAUGUGCUCCCCAAGCUGAAGGGAAUGAGGAGUAUAGUUCCUGAUGCACAGUGACGCCCCACGCUGACACCUUCAUAAUGAAGCCGUGAUUUUCAACACCUAAACUACCCUGGAGAACUGAGGGGACUGAUUUGAGAUCUGCUUCAUGCCAGACAUCUCCCCCUGCCCUUAUAGUUCAAAUAAAGAUAAUUCCACCUGUGAAA